UGGAAGGAAGGAUGCUACUGUCGCCCGUGAUGUGUCUACUGCCGGUAGGACGUAAAUGGACCACUGACGGCAAAAAGCAAAAAGGAUUUAUCGUGAAAGGCUCGUCGCCGUGAGCUCCCAAGAUGGCCAGGCUCGCAGACUACUAUUUAGUGGUCGGCUACGACCUCGACAAGCGAGUGGAGGGUGAAGGCCAAGGCCGCAUUCUCCAACGGUUUCCUGAGAAAGACUGGGAGGACAGCCCGUUCCCACAAGGCAUAGAGCUGUUCUGUCAGCCCAGCGGUUGGCAGCUGGUUCCCGAGCGGCAGCCUGCCUCCUUCUUUGUAGCUGUUUUGACUGACAUCAACUCUGAGCGCCACUACUGUGCCUGCUUCACCUUCUGGGAGGGCCUGGACAACCCAAAGCUGCAGAAGGCUGAGGCCAGCGAGGUGGAUGAGGCGGAUGAGGAGCUCGCCGUCGUCCAACCAGCUCAGGUCUUCGCCCCCAAGAGCCUGGUGCUGGUGUCCCGAAUGGACUACACAGAGGUGUUCAGGAACUGUUUGGGUCUGAUCUACACCGUCCAUGUAGAUGGCCUUACUGUCCCCAUGGAAACGGUGGUUGGAAAUCUCCUCACUUGCAUCAUCCCUAUCGCUGGAGGCUCCCAGCCGGGCCAGGAGGAGAGAGAGGAGAUAGAGGAGAGUUUGAGGACCAUAACGUUAGGUGCUGGCGACCGGCAAGUCAUCCAGACUCCAAUCGAUGAUGCGCUUCCUGUCAGUGGCAGCACCGUGGCCCAGCUCUUCAGACAGCUUGGUAUAGUCAACGUGUUGUAUCUGUUCUGUGCCGCCCUGACGGAACACAAGAUCCUGUUCCUGUCCAGCAGCUACCAGAGACUAACAGAUGCCUGUCGGGGAUUGCUGGCCAUCAUGUUCCCCCUCAAAUACAGCUUCACCUACGUUCCCAUCCUGCCGGGGAAACUGCUGGAGGUCCUGAGCACCCCUACCCCCUUCAUCAUCGGAGUCAAUUCAUUCUUUCGCUCGGAGACACAAGAGCUGUUGGAUGUGAUCAUCGCCGACCUGGACGGCGGCACAGUGACCAUCCCCGAGUGUGUCCACAUCUCCCUGCUGCCCGAGCCUCUCCUCCAGCAGACCCAGACUGCGCUCUCCAUGGUUUUGGAUCCAGAGCUGGAAAUUGCUGAUCAUGCCUUUCCCCCACUCUCCACGCAACCCUCCGCACUCAAGAUCCAGGACAAGGAGAUCCGUGGAGUCUUCCUGUGGCUGUUCGCUCGGCUCUUCCAGGGCUAUCGCUGGUGUUUACACAUCAUCCGCAUUCACCCAGAACCGGUGAUCCGCUUCCAUAAGGCUGCCUUUCUGGGUCAGAGGUCGCUGACAGAGGACGACUUCCUCAUGAAGGUGUUGGACGGCAUGGCGUUCGCAGGCUUCGUGUCGGAGCGAGGGCCUCCUUACAGAGCCACCGACCUGUUUGACGACCUGGUGGCCAAUCACGUUGAGCGGAUACGACAAGAGGAGGCCUGUCCGCACAAAGUCAUGAACCACGUCAAGGAGCUGGCUGAGCAGCUCUUCAAAAAUGAGAAUCCUUACCCUGCCGUUGCGAUGCACAAAGUCCAGCGACCGUCAGAAAACAGCCAGAACAAUGCACAGAGUCAGUCGCCGUUCCCUAUGAUGGACGAGGUCGGCGUGCAGCUCUUCAUCGACCACGCCGCCGCCAAGCUCAAGACUGCACCUCCUGUGGUCAAGGCGGAGCUUAAGGGCAUGGUACCAUCUGGGCCCCCACUGGGAGACACCGUGGACAGGAACGGCAAUGUGAUGGCCAACAGCGCCCGCAGGCUGGAGGUGGUCAGGAACUGCAUAACUUACAUCUUCGAGAACAAGAUGCUGGAAGCCAAGAAGUUAAUGCCAGCUGUGCUGCGGGCGUUGAAGGGUCGGGCAGCCAGGAUUUGUUUGACUCAGGAGCUCAAUCAACAUGUCCUGCAGAACCGAGCUGUGCUGGAUGACCAGCAGUUUGACUACAUUGUCCGAAUGAUGAACUGCACCUUACAAGACUGCUCACAUAUAGAUGAACACGGUAUUGCAGCUGCCCUCCUUCCACUGGUCACAGCCUUCUGCAGAAAAAUGGGCGCAGGCAUCACUCAGUUUGCCUACAGCUGCGUUCAGGAGCACAUAGUGUGGACCACCAUGCAGUUCUGGGAGGCCAUGUUCUACAGCGACGUCCAGAGCCACAUCAGAGCUUUGUACCUGGAGACGGAGGACGGGGAGCAGCAGAACAACCAUGAGCAGCAUGACGGGUCGGGCGGCGAGAGGGAAAUCAGCGCCUUGGAUCUGGCGUCGGAGCAGAGCCGGCUGUGGCCAACGCUCAGCAAGGAGAUGCAGAUGGAGCGCGUGCAGAAGGAGGAGAGCACCGUGUUCAGCCAGGCCAUCCACUACGCCAACAGGAUGAGCUACCUGCUGCUGCCGCUGGACACCAGCAAGAACCGCCUGCUGAGGACCACCGGCCUCGCAGACGUGGAGAGCGUCAGCAACAGCUACGUCACAAACAGUAUUGCCGGCAGCAUGGCGGAGAGCUACGACACGGAGAGCGGCUUCGAAGACGCCGAGAGCUCCGACGUGGCGAACUCCGUGGUGCGCUUCAUCAACCGCUUCGUCGACAAAGUGUGUAACGAGAGCGGCGUGACCAACGAGCACCUGAAGGCCCUGCACACCAUGAUACCAGACAUCGUUCAGAUGCACAUCGAGACGUUGGACGCAGUCCACAGGGAGAGCAAGAGACUGCCUCCGAUCCAAAAGCCCAAGCUGCUGAGGCCGACUCUGUUGCCCGGUGAGGAGCUGGUGAUGGACGGCAUGAGGGUCCACUUGAUCCCCGACGGCCGCGAGGAGGCCACGGGGCUGAUGGGAGGUCCGCCCCUGCUCCCUGCCGAGGGCGCCAUCUUCCUCACCACCUACCGGCUCAUCUUCAAGGGCACGCCCAACGACCCGCUAGUGGGUGAGCAGGUGGUCACUCGCUCGUUCCCCAUCGCCUCUCUGACCAAGGAGAAGAGGAUCUCAGUCACUUUACCCAUGGACCAGUUUGUCCAGGAGGGUCUCCAGCUACGGUCCUGCACUUUCCAGCUCAUGAAGAUCGCGUUCGACGAGGAGGUGGCGUCAGACCUGGCCGAGGUUUUCAGGAAGCACAUGCACAAGCUGCGCUAUCCUCAGCACGUCCAGGGCACCUUCGCCUUCACCGUGGGUCAGUGCGGGAAGAUGGUGGUGGAGCACAAGACCAAGGACAAGAACCAGUCGCUCAAGACUCUUUCCAAAAACCUGGUGAAGAGUGCAAAGAGGACUAUCGGCCGGCAGUAUGUGACCAGGAAGAAGUAUUCUCCCCCCACCUGGGAGAACCGGAGCAGCUUCCAGUCGGAGCUAGACGAGGAUGAAAUCUCAGUUUCAGAGGAAGUGGACCAGAGCUCCCUCACCCUCUCCUCCACCAUCCGAUCAUCCGACAGGCAGACCAUGAGCAACGUUGUGGAGCGCGCCUGUUGCCGUGACUACCAGCGCCUGGGCUUGGGCACGCUCAGUAACAGCCUGACGCGCUCGAAAAACGAGCCGUUCCGGAUUUCGACCGUCAACCGCAUGUACACCGUCUGCAGGAGCUACCCAGGCCUGCUAAUUGUGCCUCAGAGCAUCCCAGACACGACCCUCCAGAGGAUCUGCCGCUGCUACCGGCAGAACCGCUUCCCCGUGGUUUGCUGGAGGAAUCCGAGAACCAAGGCCGUCCUGCUGCGAUCUGCAGGCCUCCACGCGAAGGGGGUGGUGGGCUUCUUCAAGUCCCCUAACGCCCCUGCUUCAGGGCCCUCGCAGGCCGAUUCCACCAGUCUGGAGCAGGAGAAAUACCUGCAGGCCAUCAUCAGCUCCAUGCCUUCUUACAGCGAGAGCAGCGGCAGGAACACACUCAGCGGCUUCACCUCCACUCACAUGAGCACCUCAGACUCCUCAGACAAGCUGAGGCAGCCCAAGAUCGGCGCUCUGAUGAAGCAGGUGAUGGGCACCAAGGAGGACGUCCCCGGAACCUUCAGCAGAGGAGCUCUGGGUCAAAGGGCGAAAGUCAUCUCCCUCUCUCAGCCCAAAGUGUCUGGCAAGGCCAAGAACCCUCCUAGAGGUAAAUGGGGCAGCAUCCGGGGCAGCGGGCGCCUGAGUGCCUACAACCCAGACGUGGGGACACGUCUGGCACAGAAGGAGUCUCCACAGCCGAACGGAGGGCCGAGCGAGGCGCUGUUCCUCCGCCAGCAGAGGGCCUACCUCUACAUCAUCGGAGACAAGGCCCAGCUCAAGGGCGGGAAGCAGGACUCGUUCCAGCAGUGGGAGGUGGUUCCCAUUGAGGUGUGCGACGUGCGGCAGGUGAAGAAUAGCUUCAAGAAGCUGAUGAAGGCCUGCGUGCCGAGCUCCUCCAUCUCUGACCCCAGCAUGAGCUUCCUGCGCUGCCUGGAGGACUCCGAGUGGAUGUCUCUGCUACACAGGGUGCUGCAGGUGUCCGUGCUGGUGGUGGAGCUCCUGGAUACGGGCUCGUCGGUCAUGGUCAGCCUGGAGGACGGGUGGGACGUCACCACGCAGGUGGUGUCUCUUGUGCAGCUGCUGUCCGACCCGUACUACCGAACGUUCGAUGGCUUCCGGCUGCUCGUGGAGAAGGAGUGGUUGUCGUUUGGACACCGGUUUAGCCACCGCGGGGCACAGACGCUGGGCAGCCAGAGCAGCGGCUUCACCCCCGUCUUCCUCCAGUUCCUGGACUGCGUACACCAGAUCCACCUGCAGUUCCCCAUGGAGUUUGAGUUCAGUCAGUACUACCUGAAGUUCUUGGCCUACCACUACGUGUCCAACCGCUUCCGUACCUUCCUGCUCGACUCCGACUACGAACGCAUCGAGCUGGGAGUGCUGUACGAGGAGAAAGGAGAGAGGAAGAGCCCUCAGGUGUGCAAGUCUGUGUGGGACUACAUCGACCGACUCAACAAGAAAACACCCGUCUUCUACAACUACAUGUUCUCUCCAGAAGACGAGGAGGUUCUGCGGCCGUACACCUUCACCUCCAACCUGAAGGUGUGGGACUUCUACAUGGAGGAGACUCUGUCAGAGGGGCCGUCCUACGACUGGGAGCUCAGGGGCCGGCAGGAGCGUGUGGCGGAGGAGACGCCCGAGAAACCCGACGGCGGCGGCCCCAAAUCGCAGCGCCACAUCGUGUGGCCAUGCUACGACAGCCUGAGCAAGGUGGUGCCCGACGCCAUCACCAAGCUGCUGCAGGACCUGCAGAGUCUGGAGGCAGAGCUCGGACAGACGUCAGAGAAGUGGAAGGACAGGUGGGAUAAAAUGAAGACGGCACAGAGAACCGAGACCAAACUGGAAAGCAAGCCGUCAUUCUCCAGCUCUCUGCUGAUGUCGUCCAACCUGAGCCACCAGCGGCGCUCUCAGGGCGUCUACCUGCAGGAGAGCGGCGUGGGAUCCUCCAUCAACCUGGCCCUGGACUGCGAGGCCAGCGCAACCUCCACCCCAGUCGCCGGCCGGCCGAGCACCAGCACGCUCUACAGCCAGUUCCAGAGCACGGAGAGCGAGAACAGGAGUUUUGAAGGCAUCCUGUUUAAGAAAGGGGCGUUGUUGAAACCAUGGAAACCACGGUGGUUCGUGCUGGACAAGACCAAGCAUCAGCUGAGAUACUACGAGAGCAGGCAGGACAAGGAGUGUAAAGGGGUGAUCGAGCUGGCAGACGUGGAGUCGGUCAUUCCAGGAACGCCCACCAUGGGAGCGCCGAAAAACAUCGAGGAGAAAGCCUUCUUCGAUCUCAAGACGACCAAACGAGUGUACAACUUCUGCGCCCAGGACAGCACGAACGCGCAGCUGUGGAUGGACAGCGUCCAGAACUGCCUGUCAGACGCCUAGAGGAGGCGGGACUCUUUAAAAAGAAAGACAGGAGCGAUGCAACCAGGAACUAAUGAGCGGCGCCCGACGGGACCGGACCAACGGGACGGGGAGGGGAGGGGCCUUUCACCACUUAAGCUCCGUUCUGUUCAUUUGAGUCGAACUAAUAACCUUUGCGUCACCACGUUUCAGUGUUUUUGUUAUAUAUAAAAGAUACCAGAAAAAAGUACAAAAAAAAGAACAAUGUCCGUGAAGAACCAGUCGUCUCACCAAGUCGCUGCAGCCCCCCCCCCCCGACAGUCUGACCACUACGUGCGCGUGCACGAACAGACUUUAAUGGAGCACGUCGCAACUCUGACGCGUCCUGCGGCUUGGACCGGCGUCAAUAUUUUUCCAGAACCUCCACCUUGUAACCCGCUCUCCCUCCUAUUAAAACCCGCCCUUCUGUAGGACUAUCCGGGGGAGGAAUGACAGAGGAGCUGCGGUCGGGUCCACGACACAGGGAGCCCCGCCCGGCUGGACCCAACACAACCCCGAGGACCACACGUGCCGACGGCUCGCCUCUCUUUGCCUCUCACUGCCUGAGGGAGCCCGUUUAAAGUAUGUCCACAAGGACGCUGCAGCUGCGAGGGGGAGGGGGGGAGGCUCCUAAAUUGUUCAUGAAGGAUUUCUUUUUUUUUUUUUCCUCCUCAAAAAUCUUACAUUUGUACCAGAGAGAGAUAAACGCUCAGGCAAUGACGUUACAUACAAACAAACAUACAAAUAAAUAUAUUUACUGUGAAAGCCAUGAAUCAGUCGCAGAGAUCAAACCAGGAGAGUCUGUCAGGUAUGAGCGUGUCGGUGAAACUGUUCCUGAGAGUGUUUACAACGUAGACCCCCCCCCACUAAAACAAACCCUGCUUUCGCCCGCGUGUUUUUAAAUCAGUUACGACCACUAUUAACGCUCAGACAUUUUUUUAAGGGAUGCUGUAGGAAAAAGGAGGGAUGCGCUAUCUAUAAAAACAAAUACACAAUCUAUGGAAGGAGAUCAGGAUGGAGGGAUAUUAAGUGGAGGGAUACUAAUGGGAGGAGUGAUAUGACGGGACGCCAUAGUGCUCAACGUGUUUGUUAAAGGACUGUUCAGGAUUUUUUUUCAACCUAGGUCUUAGUUUCAUGAUGGGGCAGUCUAAAUAUGCAUUUUGUUUGCUGGAGUUACAUGUUCUGAACAACGGAGUAAUAUACUGGACAUCACAAAUCUAUACUAACUUUUGUCUGGACUCUUAUACGAUGUAAUUCAAAUACAUCUGGAAAACCACGUGUCUCCAAAACAUCAACCUUUCAUGAGCUUAGAAAAAAAUGAUAAUUUCAGCUUUGUGUCAAUGCACACAAUGUUUUCUUUAGCUUUAAUCUGUUAGACUUUUCAUCUAACUAUGGAAAUAAGACUCAGGUUGAAAAAAAUGUGUAAUUUUCCUUUAAGGAUGCUGGGAAAUGGAAAGUCAUACACAUAGAAGCUUCCAUCACAUGGCCUCAUGCUUAAGUGUCUCAGAUAUGAACGUGAAAGCUCAGAAUCACUGCUCCGGUUUCAGACACCACUGUCCCCUCCAGCUGCAGCUUGUACAUGGACGGGUCUGCGUCUGUCAGAGAGCUGCAGAGACACAGUACGUUUAUCUGGAAGGUUUCAAACAUCAAGUCACUUUUUUUAUUUUUUAUGUCAGUGGUUUUGUCAGACUGCCCCCUCCCUCCUGUUCUCCACCCACACACACCACUCUGCCCCACACUUGUUAACACAAAUCCUGCUAUGUAAAAUAAGGUUCUACUGCUGUCUUUUGUUGAACUUCAAAUUUGAAAUUGUAGAUUUUUUUUGUGUCUAAUAACUCCUUUGUAUAUACUACUCCAGAUUUGUAUGUAACGUUUAUGGUAGUAAUUUAUUUAACUUGUCUCCUCAGUAAGAAAGUUCCUCAAGCACCACUUUAUUUUUAAAAUUAGGAAUUCAAUGUGCCAUUUGUUUAUUUCUGUAUUGUGACUAAUGCUUUUUUUUCUUUUUUUAAAUGUACAAGUAAACCCUUGAUGUUUUUUUUUAUUUUUUUUAAACACAGUUGUCCUUACGCAAUAACCAGAGAUAGGUCUGCAUCCGUUAAUGCAAGAGUGGAGGCCUCUGGGCUGCUUAGAUCUGACGCUGUUGCUCACCCACAGUGAUGGGAUGUUCUGGAUGUAGGUUGCAGUCACAAUAGAUGUGGACAGAGGAAGCUCUUCUGGUUCUGCCAACCGGGCUGCUGAUAGCUUAAUAGACCUCCUUUAUGUUCAAUAAAUAGUCCGUGACAAGAUGAGACAUUGUGAUAAGUCAGUCUCCAUCAUUAAAUGAAAAGCAUCAGAAAGUUCAUCUAAAGAAAAAGGAGUAGCAAAAAUAGGGCCAA